CGCGACUCUCUGGUGGAGCUGCCUGCCGGAGUCGGAUAUAAAGGCGUAACAUUUCGAUAUCCGCGUGGGUCUGCACCGGGUUGUUUCACGAGAAAAAGAUACCUGGUGGUCGUCUUCACGGACUACUACAUACUAAAGAAAUCGUGAAAUGUGAAACUGAAAAAAAAGUGUUGGUGAACGUGCUCAAUAAGUUAUUGUCGAAAAAUAUUUAUUUGCUUUUUUGAAAAUGGUUAGGUUUGGUAAAAACGGCGAGAGUCAAGAAAGGCGCGAACUUUUACAAAGUUUAAAAGAAAUGACAUUGGUUCAGAAUGGGAAGCAUAGCAAUGAUAAUGCAGCAUUCCAACAUGUCCGAGACAACAUCGACAACAUAGAAAGAAAAAACGGCAUCAACGAGACUGAUUUGAUAUUCCUAAAAGGUCUAAUGGAUAGUCCCGUCCUUAAGAGUCUGGUUAAAGUCCAAGACCGUCUAGAAGUAAAACCGCCCACUCUAUCGCCGCCCGAAACUUUAGCUAGCUUAAAUAUCCACAAGGAUAUUUAUAUUAGAUGCAAUCGGUCUUGGAAUAGGGACGCUAGAGAGUUAGCUGAAAUUAUUAAUAAACCACAUUUUAGAGCCCUUCUAGAUAGUCACGACCAAGUGGCCGAUAUCACCGAAAAUCCCAAUCCCAACAGAAAAAAAGAACCACCGAAAUUAUUCCCUAACGGAAUGACAAACGACGCUAUAAGAAUGGUCGGAGUUAGAAAAAAGAAUGGAGAACCUUUAGGACUUACAGUACAAAUAGACGACAAUGAAAACCUGGUGAUAGCCAGAAUAAUGGAAGGUGGCAUGAUCGAAAAGCAGGGACUUUUGCAUGUCGGAGAUGUUAUUUUGGAAGUUAAUGGUAAUCAAGUCAAGACUCCAGAAGAUCUUCAAGUGGAAGUGGCCAAGAGUAAAGAUUCGGUGGCUCUUAAGGUUGGAAACGCCAAUCAAUAUAAUGAAACUCACGCGUCGAUUAUGACUAAUGGGAGUAAUGUGGCGAAUGGAGUUACAAAAAAAUUGACGUGUUACAUGCGUGCCCUUUUUGAAUACAUCCCCGAAGACGACUCUCUACUACCAUGCAAAGAAAUUGGCUUACCUUUUGACAGAGGCGACAUUCUGCAGAUUGUAGAUCAAAGAGAUCCGAAUUGGUGGCAAGCCAAAAAAGUCGGAGCAGACAAUAGGACUGGCCUAAUUCCCUCUUUGGAACUCGAAGAAAGACGGAAGGCCUAUGUAUCUCCUGAAAACGAUUUUGUACAUAAGAUUAGUAUAUGUGGUGCAAGAAUAUCCAGGAAAAAGAAGAAAAUUAUUUAUCAGUCAAAGAGCAAUUGCGAUUUUGAUAAGGCGGAAUUAUUGUUGUACGAGGAAGUCACUAGGAUGCCACCUUUCAAACGGAAAACUUUAGUUUUGAUUGGUACCCAAGGUGUUGGAAGAAGGACUUUGAAAAAUAGACUGAUUAAUAGCGAUCCAGAAAAGUUUGCUGGAGUCAUUCCAUAUACAACCAGGCCACAGAGAGUUCUGGAAGAAAAUGGCCAAACUUAUUGGUUCAACGAUAGGGAACAAAUGGAAGAGGAUAUUAGGAAUAAUAAAUUUUUGGAAUAUGGAGAAUAUAAUGGGCAUUUGUAUGGGACUCAUUUGGAUUCAAUUAGAGAUGUUAUUAAACAAGGCAAAAUGUGUAUACUAGAUUGCAGCCCUAUGUCACUAAAAAUUCUACACAACAGCUCCGAGUUUCUACCGUACGUCAUUUUUAUUGCCGCCCCUGGAAUGGAACAGCUGAAAAGUUUAUACGACAUUUCUAAAAGCAAUUCCAACUUGAGAUAUUCCAGUAAAAACUUAACAUUUGACCGGCAAAGUUCAAUACGCUAUAGUUCUAGAAGAGCGAGAACCUUGGAAUCUUUAGCUUCAUUAUAUGAGGAAGAAGAUCUAAAACGAACUCUUGAGGAUAGCGCCAGCAUGCAACGAACUUACGACAAAUACAUCGAUCAAGUCAUUACAAACAAUGACUUCGACAUGACAUUCAGAGAAAUUAUUGAAGCUUUAGAAGCUCUGACUACUGAACAUCAAUGGGUUCCUGUAAACUGGAUUUAUUAAGAUAUAAUUUGCAUGCAAGGCUGCAAUCAUUGCACUGCCAUAAUAUUUUGGAUGUUAGAUAAAUGAUGAUGGUUUUUUUUAUAAUUUUAAUUCAAUAUUUGAUCUUCAAUACACAUAAGCAGGUCAAUAUUUAAGUAUUUCCCAGUAUUGUACUUAUAAUGUGUAAAGUUGUAUAGAAGCUAUAUAAGUAAGUUUUAUCAUAAGUUAUACAAUAACACGCCUAUACAAAAUGCCUAAUGCAGCUUGAGUAUUUCUUAGCUAUUUCAAGUUAAAUUUUGUUUUAAGAGAUAAAUAUUUAUACACAAUGAUUGGUAUAAUAAAAUCAUCAGCUCAAAUACAAUGGUACAAAAUAGCAACAUCGACCUUAACUAUUAUAUCACCUACACAUUAUAAAUCCAGCUACUUCAUUGAGCAGGCCUUAUUUUUUGAAUAGUAAUAGUUAUUGUAGGAAAGUGUAUAGAUUUUUAUUGUUUUGAGUAUGUCAGAAAAUAUAAGGUAAUCUUAUCGAUCAUACUGUAGUUAGUGUAGUUAUGCAUAAAAUGUGAUUUAUUGAAAAAUAAUCUUUAUUCUAUUUAGAUAUGAUGCACUGAAAUGCAUGUAAAAACUUGUAUGUAUUUAUUUUAAAAAGAAAAUGCUUCAAGCAUUAAAGAUGCUGAGUUGACCGUACUAAUUUUAUUAGAUAGAUAUUGAUAUUAUUCUGAUAAUUAUUAUUAUUAUAGGUUUUUGAACGUAUUUAGAGGAAGUAAAACAAAAAUAAAAGUAGUUGCUUUUAGUGUUAAGUUAUUACCUACCUUAAACAUAAUUAAAAUUAAGUAUAAUAAGGAGAUUAAUUUGAACCGUCCACUAUAAAAACAUCACAUUGUUUUUCUUUUAUCAGAAUUAUAAGUAUAUAAGUGUUUUACUGUUUUUUGUUUUAUUUUUAUUGCUUUAUGUGGAAAUAUAUCAACUUUAGAAAAUA